AUGGCGCAUUGCGUCCAUAGCGAAGCAACUACAUCUCAUCAUACCAGCAGUCUGCUUCUCUUUGUCUACCCUUUUUCAACAACAACAACAACUUCAACAUGUCUGGUUUACCAUGCAGGACUUGCUUUUGCCGAGGCGACGAUUCAUGUGUUCGAGGCGCAGGUAAGGAAAUCAAUACGGCGCCAUCGCCGCGCUGGAUGGUCUCGGAAGCUGUCUCGCCGACGGGCUAAGCUCGGCAAGGAGAUCACCCAGUGGCGCAAGUCACAGGGGCACACGGUGGCGACGGCUUCGGCCGCCCCUGCCAUGAUUGCAGAUCUCCAAGGCCAGCUCGUGGCGGCACAUGAGCGCAUAGAGGAAUUGGAGGGAAUGAACGAGUUGCUGGAGGAGGAGCUCGAGAGCCUCCGUCGGCACACGGCGGACGUCGACGGGUACCAACACGAAGACUAUGCUUCAACCACCUCCUCGUUAGAGAACUGGGUCGAUGAACUCGACUCGGGAUCUGACGCUGAGAUGGCGGAGGACACUUGA